UGGGAAGCCUCUCCGCUGUCCUUUGCAGCUCCGCCGCCAUUAAGCGCCUUCCAGUGGAAAAGGGGAGCAAAAGCGAAUUGGGGGGCAUGCCCUGUGCAAAAGGAUACUGGGGUGACACCGGUUUCUACUAGCCCUACGAAAGGGACCUCUUCUGGGCAGCCGGGGCCGCUUUUUCCUGGGGCUGGAGAGCCGGCCAGGGCAGGUCUUCUUCUUGCAAUUUGAGGAUAUCCCCAUCCGUUUACAGAAGCUUGGGUGCUUUUGUUACAAUGCUGCUUCCUAUGGCCCUGAACUAACACUUCCCAACAAGUCAGGAAAAGACGGAGAAUUGUUGCACUUCUAUUUGAGGGACCGGGGAAGGGUUAAGUGUGAGGAUUUAAUUUGAAACUAGGGGCGGUUCCGUAUUCCCCCUGGUUUUCAAAUCCCAGAAUUGGGAUUAUAGAGCCUGCCCAGACAUGGAACUAGAAACUGUGAGUCCAGAGCUCCUGGACGGACUGGAAGGACGAGGAAAACCAUCCGGUAUGGCUCUUUCUGAAACCCCAAGGGAGCAUCAGCGAUGGCGGGUGCCCCGGCGGGAAAUGUCCAGAGGGGUACACCAUCACUGGGAAACCCAGUGGCAGGAGUUCCUGGAGACCAUGCAGGCCUCUCCCAGGAUGCCAGAGAGUCCGGAGUCAUCUGAGGCCACCCCCUGGGACGACGCCAAGGGCUUCCUGGCCUCCUUCGAGCAAGUGGCCAAAGCCUGCCAGUGGCCACGGGUGGAGUGGGUGGUCCGGCUCUUGCCCGCGCUCAGCGGGAAAGCGGAGCAAGCCUUUCGGAGCCUGGAAGCCAGGGACAAGAAGGAUUACGGGAAAGUGAAGGCAGCUAUCUUGAGAGCGGACGCCCUAAGGAUGGAGCUGCAGCGCCAACACUUCAGGCAGUUCUGCUGCCAGAUGUCUGAAGAUCCCCGGCGGAUAUACAACCAGCUCCAGGAGCUUUGCUGCCGGUGGCUGAAGCCGGAGAGACGCAGCAAGGAGCAGAUCCUGGAGCUGCUGAUCCUGGAGCAAUUCCUGGCCAGCCUCCCACCGGACCUCCAAGUGUGGAUCCGAGCCGGAGGGCCAGAUACCUGUUCCCAGGCCGUGGCCCUGGCAGAGGACUUCAUCAUGAGCCAGCAAGAGGAAGAGAGAGAGAGGUGGCAGGAGCCUGACCUGCCCAAGACUCCUCAGGGUGCAGAAGAAGCUCCUUCAGACCUUGCUCAGAAACGGAUCCGUAAGGAAGCCAAGCAGAAGAGUAACGGGGAGAAUAGUUUCUUGGGUAAUGGACACCAGGUGAACAACAAUUCCAAUUCAUUGCUUCUUUCCUAUUUGCAGGGAGCAGUGAAUCUCAAGGAAAUGGGCACAUCGCUGCAUGUGGUUGAGCCAAGCACAAAGCAACCAGGUCAACAGACUAUGUUCUGGCAAGUGAUGCAAGAAGAGGAUGGGGACACGGAUUCCUUGGAGGGGCUUUUAGUUCCCAAGGCUGACCUCGCUCUCCAUCCAGCAGAAGAAGAAGAGGAAGAAGAAGAGGCGGAGGAGCAGAUGUUCAUCCAGUUCCCUAUAGAAAGUGAACAUCUUCCAGGCCAAGAUUUAGGUGAGCAGAAGGGCAGUCGGAUCAAGAUGGAGGCCUCCCAGGGGGGUGCGACAGGGACGUUGACAGGACUAUCUCAAUGGCACAUCCCCGCAACGACCGCAGCCAUUUGUGAGCAAAGACGUGGUGAGACGAAGAGUCGGAUCAAGACGGAGAACCCCCAGCAGGGCAAAGCUGGGACUUUAGUAGGAUUAUGUCGGUGGAACAAUCCUUCAAACGCAACUGUUCAAGAGCAGAGAUGUGAGUCCGAAGGGCAGGCGGGGAAGAGGAUGGAGGUAGAAGAGGAUGAAGACAGGGAAACAGCAGAAAGCCUUACAACAGCUUGUAGCAAAGCCUCCACCCUUCUUUUUGGGGCAGAAAAGCCCACAAACACCCCAUCCAAUGACAAUUACAACUUUGGGUUUGUAAUGGCACCGCCUGCAGAAGAGCCUCCACAAUGGGAGGCAAACGUCCAACCCAUAAAUGUUCAUCGCAGAUGCCCAAGAAGCCCAAGAAGGGAGAAACCUUUUGAAUGUCCCAGCUGCGAGAAAUGCUUCUGGCAGAAAGAAAAUCUAAUGCGCCACCUGAAAAUGCACACUGGAGAGAAAGAAUAUAAAUAUCCUCAAGGAGGGAAGGCUUUUCAUCAGCAGGAGAAUUUGUUGAGACGAAUCGGGGCUGGAAACGGACUCUGUGAAUGCCCCGAGUGUGGGAAAAGCUUCCCGUCCAGAGGGACAUUAAUACGACAUGUGCGAAUCCAUACUGGAGAACGGCCCUUCGAAUGCUUGCAGUGUGGCCAGUCCUUCACCCAGAGAGGGCAUCUGAUGCGACACCAGAGGAUCCACACGGGAGAGAAGCCCCACACCUGUCCUGAAUGCGAUAAGAGCUUCUCCCGGAGCGACGAGUUGAUCCGUCACCAAAGGACUCAUGAACGAGACAUGUAUCAUAAUCGUGCCAUCUGCGGAAAAGACUUUAGCCACAACGCCACGCUGGUCAGCCACCAGUGAAGCCAUGAUGGACAUUAACUCUCGCCACAACUAAUAUUAACUCUCCAAGAGACACUAAAAUGAUCCAGAUCACAUCCACAGAAACACUGGAGUUUGAGCGAGAAAAGAAAUAGAGCUGGCUCUCCGUAUCCAUUGAUGAUUUCUGUUUUAUUGAGUCUGAGUUGAUGUUUUUAUAUGCGUCUGUGUUUUAUUUUAUUGUGUUUUAUAUUGUACUUCAUUUUUAUGUUUGAUUUUAGGCACUUUGUGCCCUGAGUCCCUUUGGGGAGAUGGUGGCAGGAUAUGAGAAUAAAGUUAUUAUUGUAGAA